UAUGCAAGUUACAAACAAACAGUGUCUCACACAGAGAAAAAAAAAAUUAACACAUACACUUGUUGAUACCCUACCACCAUACACAGACUGACCCACUGAGUAGAUGAUUCAGUAGUCUUGCUCUUUUCUCCAAUCUAAUUAAACCCCACUUUCUCUCUCCACAACAUGCAAUUUGGGCCCCUCUCUGUUUGUUCUUUAUAACUCUCUCUCUCUAUCUCACUCAAUACGUAUGUAUGAGCCUCUAUUUGCAAUUAACGACAACACUUGUCUGCAGGUGCUGACUGGUAUUUCGCCAUUUUAUUAGCUUAUAAAGCUACCAGACAACACACUCCCCUCACUUCUCAGCCUCUCUCAUUCGUACCAUUUAUUCAGCUCUCUCUUCCAAGCUUUUUCAAACAUAAUAUUAUUACAUCUCGCUCUCAGUAUACUAUUUGGCUCGUACUCUCUAUCUGCUCAAGCCCUUUUGACUAUAAUAGACAGUAUCUUCAAUUUCAUUUGCUAUACAACUCAAACCUCCUCUUCACUUCUUUUACCUCUCCCUCCUCAUUCUAUAUUAUCCACUUUGCUUAAGUUCAAAGAAACCCCAUUUCUUCUUUCUUUACAAAGCUUAGAACUUGACGGAAAGGAAGAGCAGUAGAGUACCCAUUGGCAGUGAUAUUUAGAGACAACAACGAAACAAUGCAUCGGUGCAGUAGCUCUCAUCAUCAGGGGAACAUGGUGGGACCUUGUACGUGUGGCAUGUUUCACAGCCAAGGAAAUUCCUUCUCCAUGCUAUUCUCUAUGCAAAACCACAGUCCCUAUGAUGAAUCCGAAAUGUAUUCCUUCGCAUCAUCCUCGUCUUCUGUGGAUUGCACUCUCUCUUUAGGGACCCCAUCAACUCGUUUAACCGAAGAUGAUGAAAGGCGACGAGUACGCUCUGGUUCCUCCAUGUCCAACUUUUGCUGGGACAUAUUGCAGACAAAACAAACACCUUCAGCUCCUCAAACUCACAAAGCUAUCCGCGGAGGCAAUAAUGGCAGUUAUAACAACAACUCUUCCAAUGAUCCCCUCCUUGCUCGCCGCUGUGCCAACUGUGAUACCACUUCUACACCACUUUGGAGGAACGGUCCAAGAGGCCCUAAGUCUUUAUGCAAUGCUUGUGGGAUUCGAUUCAAGAAGGAAGAGAGGAGAGCCACUGCUGCAGCCUCCACCACAAGCAACAAUGGCGCAACCUCAGGAUCACUAAUGGAGCCGAACCACAUGGUCCACAACAAUUCAUGGUAUGCACAUUCACAGACCCAGAAAAUGCCGUGCUACUCUCCGGCCAUUGGCAACGAAUUUCGGAUCAUUGAAGACAAUGAACAAAAUUCCGAUACCGGCAUUCCAUUCCUUUCUUGGCGUCUCAAUGUCACAGACAGGCCGGGCCUCGUUCAUGACUUUACAAGAUGAAAAAUUUGACGGUCAAGAUCGUGCAAAGUUUUUUAAUUUCUUAUUAGUUUAACGUAUCACGAUGCUGAUGUUGAGGAUGUUGAUGAUGGCGAUGGUUUAUGGACUCGUCAAAUUCUUUUUUUUUUUUUUUUCAAAUUUUCUUACUUUCUUUUUUGUCUUUGUUGUUGCUUCCUUUUCUCCGUCUUACAUAGAUGGAGUGAGAAGCGGAUAAUUCUAUGUUCUUAGUUUGCUUUUCUUUGAGUUUAUUUCUUUAACUUUUUCUCUU